CAGAGAGAGAACCACAAUUGCUUGAUCAUGUCGACUAUGAGUGCAAUAGAUCCAUUGGGGAAGGACAAUGAUGUGGCCACGACGCCACUUCAAACCAAAAGGCACCAGCUUCCCCAGUCGGAAGGGAGAGAUCGGGCCUUUGGGACUCCCCUUUCUGGAAAUAGUUCCAUUCUAGCUGGCAAGAGUGUAACAACGAGCAAAAAAGCCAGAGUGCGACAUGCCUCCUCUUCCAAGAAACUAGUGAGGGCCAAAAAGAUUGUCCAACAACAUCGAAAUGGGAAUGUCCCAUCCACAUCCUUGUCCGCCUUUGUGUCGCCCAUGGCAGGAAAAAAUAACACGGAAGAAUUUGAAUCCUUCACCUACACGGUAAACUUUCUACCAGGCCCCAUGGGAUUCCAGCCAGAACCUUCCCACGGUGAUCUCGGCUGCCGAGUCCUGGACUUUGCCGAUGGUGGCCCUGAGAGCCCAGGGCAGGCGAGAAUGAGCAAUCAAGUUCAAGCAGGAGAUUUUAUUGUAGAAAUCAAUGAUGAUGUGGUCUCUCAUUUGACGUACAAUGAGAUUGUGGAUCAGUUGAAGAGUCAGGCAGACAAACCACGAAAAGUUCUGUUUCGUCGUAUGCGUCGUGGUGGCAAGGCAGAAGGAGCUACUAGUUUGGCAGAUCAGCUCCAGUUUGUGGCCACACCCAGAACCAACAACAGUCGGCCCAGUCCAACCACCAUGCAGUUCAAUGCUCAAGGGAAACUCACACCCGUGGUGUCACCUCCCAUGGUGAAUACCACCGAUAGUGACGACAGCAAUGCUGCUCCCAACAUUCUCUUUGCGGAUUCUAAAGAGGCGGCGACAACAACAACUCCAUUUGUGCGAACUGAAUCAUACUCGUCUUUUUCCCAACAGUCAACAACAUCACCACGAUCGCCGGCCUACAAACUGCUGGACUCACCCGCCAAUGCUGGUGAUGUCGUACUGGAAAUAAAUGAUCCCAGCAAUGCAUCAUCUGAUCACAAAGACGAAUCCAUUGAUACGAGCUCCACGAUUUCUCCUUCCAAGGUCAAGAAUAUGAGCCAGGAAGACUUGGAAAUUGGACUAGGACACCGUCUCACCUCCGGUAUUACCAGCAAGGCCAAUGUAUGGAGGAACAUGUUCAGCAGUGUAUCCAAAUUGGGAGGAGCGUUGCAACAGAGCGGAAGCAAUAGCAAUGCCAUGAAGGAUGACAAGGACGCAGUGUCUGGUAAUGAGGAUUAUUCCUCCCCCCAGAUGCCCAAUGUCAUUGAGGACACUGCAACCGAAGAAAAGAAGGACGAUGAAGCGUAUAGGAUGCCCCAUCAUGAACUUAAGUUGGUUCCAUCAUUCGGGGCAGCAGCCAUGGAACCCGUCAAGCAGGCUCCUGACCUUGUCCAAAUGUUGGAACAAAGGCUAACAGAAGCAAACGAACGCGUUCAAGCCCUCUCCAGCAGCCUCGGAUCCAAGCAAGCCGAACUGGACCGUCGCUUGCAGCAAGCAGAUGAGGAAGCAAACGAACGCGUCAAACAGGUAUCAGAGAUUCAGUUGGCCAAGCAAAAGGCACUGGAGGAAAAGCUUGUAGAAUCAAGUGACAUUACAAGGACGAAGGAGGAGGAACUCCAGGGGCUUCAAACGGAGCUCAAUCAAGCCAAAGAAUCGGUUCUGGAGUUGGCAAGAGAAAGGGACGAGGCACUCACGUCUCUUCGGAAUGCCACUGAAACCAUGCAAAGCAUGAGUACCGAGGAAAAGUCGGCUCAGCUCACCAGCAAAGUGGAGCUGGCCAAGCUACAGAGGGAGCUGCGAGAGUGCAAAGCGGAGUGGAAAAAGGAAGUUGAGGCGGCUAAAUCGGACAUUGCCACUGCCGAAACGCAACUGGAGGAGGCAGAGAGUCGUCGUCUUGACGCAGAGAGAGAACUGGAAGAGAAAGAUGACGAACUCCAAGGAACCAAAUGCAUGAUGGAAACAUACGAGGAAAAGUUUAUGGAACGCGAAAGCAAAAUGGAGGCCAUGAUUGAAGAGAAGGAUUUUGCCGCUCGGGAACUAGCCUUUGCUAGAGCAGAAAAUCAGCGCUUGACGGAAUCGCUCCAGAAACGGGAGGAAGAGGCCGCUAUGGCCGAGGAUGAGAUUGAGCGCCUCCAGGCGAGUGUGGACAUGACGAGCAAAGAGCUUGCUGAUCAACAACAACAAGCGCACGAUCGAGAGCGUGACCUUCAGGAGCAGUUGACUCGCCGCGAUUCGGAAGUGCAGCAGCUGCGCUCGGACUUUGGCAAACUGGAAAUGACUUCAGCUGAGAAGAUCCAGUCUUUGGAGGAGACGCUCGUGAAAAGGGAUGAGGACCUUCGCUCUUUGAAGGAUGAGAUCGAAUCGAACGUGGCGGCUCUAAAAGACGAACUUCUUGCCAAGGACAGACUGCUUGAAGCCACUCAGCACGAAAUGGAAGAGCUCAAAACGACAAAUGAAGCUUUGCUUCAAAAAUACGAGGAACAAGUUGAGAAAGCAGAGGACCUUGCAAAGGCUCAAUCCGGGAUGCGAACGUCGCUGUAUGAGCGAGAGGAAGCUUUAGCCAACAAAACCAACGAGCUGGAAGAAGCCAAACAUACGCUUUCAUCUUUACAAAAGACCAACGAAUCUCUUGAAGCCGAUACCAAGCAACUGAAGGGAACUGCAGACGAGCUUUAUCAAGAAAAGGCCAGAGUCACAAAGGAAUUGCAAACAACAAAGUUUGAUCUCAGCGAUGCAAAGAUCCAGGCCGCCAAAGUGCAAGAUGCAUUGCUCCAGAGAGCCAAGCAGCUUGACGGCAAGCUAAAACAGUCGCAAACAGAUUUGAAGAAGGCGGAGAACCAUGGAGCCGCGCUUUCAGGCAGACUUGAGCGGGCCAAUUCUAAGAUCAACAAUUUGACAGCAGAAGUUGAGAAGAAGGAUGGUGCCCUUCAAGGAGCAUCUGCCACCAUCAAGGGAUUGGAAGAGACGCGAGAUCAGCUCUCACAGCGGGAAGCAGCGCUCAAGGCCCAGCUGGAGGAGAAGGAGGCCGAAAAGCAGCUCUUGCAGGAAGGUUCUCGCGACGCAAAGUUCAAACUCUUCGAAGCCACCAAUCGCAACAAGUUCAUGCAGAGACAGAUCGACGAGUAUGAGUCCGGCAAAGCUAGUUUCGAGAGAGAGUUUGAUGUGCUGAAUGAAGAGAUCGAAUCGCUCAACUCGAAAUUGGAAUCACAGCAAGAAGCAUUGGAUAGCAAAUCAUCCGAACUCUCAUCGAAGUCCGUUCAGGUGAUGAAUCUCGAAUCAACGCUUGAACAGCUGAGAGGGGAACUCCAGCAAAAGUCGGAAGAAAUCGAUUCCGUACAGAGAUCGGUCGUUUCAGCGCAAUCACAGUACAGUGCACUCAACGACCGCUUUGUCAAGGCUGCGGAGGAAUCGUCCGGCAAAAUCCAGCAAUUGACUGCAGAUUUGAUCAAGGCCCUUGACGACGCAGAUGACAGCGCCAAAUCGCGCACCAAGCUUGACAAGCAAAUCUCAUCACUGACGCAGCAACUCCAACACUCUGAAGAUAAGAUCUCUUCGCUUUCUGCCAACCUUCGAUCGAAAGAGGAAAGGAUUGUUGAACUUGGCGCACUCAAUGAAUCGGCCAAGAAGGAGUCAGAGGCCGUCAUGAAUGCUCUCCGGGUGGAAAACGACAAGCUUGGCGGUCUGACCAAACAGCUGGAACAAGAAAUUAAAGCCAAGACGAAGGACAAGGGACAACUCCACGGCGAGAUUUCGUCGCUUGAGAAGAAACUUGCAAAUGCUAGAAGUCUCUUCGGGGCGGAGCAACAGAAGCACAAGACCUACCGCGCUGAGAUGGAAGACCUUCAUCUUACUCAUAAGCAGGAGGUUGCAAGUAUGACGAAACUGCUCAAAUCGACUUCAUCAGACCUGGAAAGUGUUCGAAAAGAGCUUCAAAACUCGCAAAUUGGCUACGAGGACCAACUCACGAUCAUGAGAAAGGAUGCUGCAACGAAGGAAGCAAAAGUGACGGAACUCUUGAAGGAAAGGGACACCAAGAAUAAAAUUCUCGCCAAUGUUCACGAGGAGCUGAGUAUGGCACAACUCGAAAUCCAGCGAGUUGACGAGUCACGCAAAAGGUCUCGAGAUGAAGUGGCUCGAUUGAACGCUCUCGUGGAAACGCUUCAAAAAGACAAUGAGGCCCAAUUGGAAGCUGUCACGAAGUCGCACCAAGUGGAGAUUGAAAGGUGGUCCAAAAACAACGAACAGCUUGAGAUGGCAAUUGAAAAGGCUGCGGCAACCAGGAAGAAAUUAGAGAGCCACAUGGAAAAGUUGGAGGAACUCGUGGAAGAGGAGCGCUCCAUAAAUGAAACGCUCAUGAUGGAACAGGACGCUUUGACGUCUAAUCUUCAUCGCGCCGAAGACAUUGCAGCAGAUUUGGGCUUUCAGCUGAAUAUGCUGCAGCAACAAUCGGACGACUCUCUUGAUAGCAUUGACAGCCAAACGCUUGCUCUGUCUAAGUCGGAGCUUCGUGCCAAAUGCAAGAAUCUGAGCGAAGAGGUCCAGGAAUCCGAGGUUCGUGUUGCCACUACUGGUUCUGUCUUGUCACAGAAGCAAGCCCACAUCCGGAGACUAGAAGAAGACUUGGCGGAAAUGUCCUCCGAACUCGAGCGAAUGGUGGAAUCGUCGGAGAAGCUUGAAGCCGCUUUGCUCAAGGCUCGUAUGGACAAGGCGACUUGUGAGGCUGAUGCGGAAGCUCUUCGAUCCAGCGUUGAUGUCCACCAGGAGAAAACAAGGGCUUUGAAGGAAGAGCUGAAUCAACAGUACAGUGAGAAUAGCGAACUUCUGGAUCAAGUCCGUGACCUGCAACAGCAGCAAGAUCAAGCCAAGGAGAGGGAACAGCUCUGGCAAGAGGAUCUAGAAAAGGCAAAGCAAGUCAUGAUGCUCCUGGACGAAGACAAGAUCGAAGCACAAAAGGAAAGUUCGUCUCUGCAAGGAGACCUGGAAACUAUGAAAGAGCAACGAGAGGUCUUGGAAGCCAAGGUGACUGGGUUGCAGUCCCAGAUUGGAAAGCUUGAGGACAAGCUUUCAACUACGGAGAAAGAGCGUGAUCUCGUCAGCACCGAAUCGCAUUCGAUUCGAGUGCGUUUAGAAGAGCAGCUCCGAGAACUGCGCAACGAAUGCGCCACUUUGACUUCCAGUAUUGCAUCUUUGGAAUCGGAUAACGAGACUUGUUUGAGCACCAUUCGCAGCAUGGAGGAGAACAAGAUGGAUCUGCAAGAGAAGCUGGAGAAGGAGAGAAAGCAUGGAUUGCGAGAGGAAUCACUGCGAGAAGAGGCAGUUGCCGAACUGACUGAAGCUUCCAGAGUACUCGAGUCUCAAAAAGGAGUUGUUUCCGUGCAAGAAGCUCGUGCUGCGGAAGCAGAGGAGAAAGUGAAAAGAUUAUCCAGCGAGCUUACCACACUUCGGGACACCAUUAACAAAUUGGAGAGCGAUCGCGAACAAAAUGGCGUGAUUCGCUCAUCUCAACUGGAGGAAAUGGAGAAACGACGAGCUCUUCUUGAAAAGGCACGGCUGGCGGCCAAGGCCGAAGCAGAUUCACUCCGGGAUGAAGUGAGACAGGCAAAUCGCAAGGCUUCAGAACUCGAUCGCAUCAACAAAUCGCUCCAAUCCAGAAUUGAGGAUCUUAAAACAACCGCUGAGACAACGAAGGCUCAGUUGCGUGAAGUUCGAAGUGCCUGGGAGGCGUCGGAGAGCGUUGCCAAGAAGCUUGAAAACGACUUGCAAAGUGGUCGUGCUGAGAUUGACCAUCUCCGCAUGAAGCUGCAACUCGGCGGUGCAACUAUUGCUCGCCUCAAGUCCGACAGGGUCUUGCUCCAGGAGGCCGCAAUGCAGCAAGCGGCAACUCUUGAAAUGAGUGCAGAACCGAACACCGUCGCACGAGAGAUGUCGAAGUUGAAAUCAGAGCUUCACACCAGAUCCUCUCAACUGUCGUCCGCCACAACUUCGGCUCGUAAUUAUAAGCGGAUGUGCAACGACAUGAAGGUCACUGAGAAGCAGCUUGUGAUCUUCAUUGACGAUAUCAUUUCCCAGGCAGAUGCUACGUUUGUCGCGCUAGCCCAUCUAGCCGAGGGCGCCAGAGAGUCGUCUGCGUCGGAAGUUUCGACUUCGGGCACUCCUGAGAAGGUCGUGAAUGAUGCCAAUUGCUGCCUCAGCCAUUUCGCCACGUUGAUCUCGGAAGCAGCGGAGGAGUUGGAGAACAAGAAAAAGAAGUUGCACAAGUGGAAGGCCCAGAGCAAGAUCCACACGACGACUCCUCAGCAGAAGAGCCUCCCCCCCGAUGCACUUUUGUUGACGCCAAACCAAUCAUCGGCGAUUCGCGCCUUCCAGAAGAUGAAGAGUGUCAUUGAAACCCAAUUCUCCAAGGCAUCCGACUUUCAUCAGGUUGAGUCUGCCAUUAUGUCGCUUGAGAGUCAAAUUGAUGCUCUCUGCUCGGAAUUGAAGGCUGCGAACAACGCCUUGUGCGCCAAAGACAAGCUUUUUGCCGAUAUCGAGCAGGAACGCAACAAGAUUCAAAAGAAGCUGGAACUGGUUUCAGGUCCUGCCAACAAGGGCAACGGCAACAACCUUAGUGCCAUUCGAGAAGAGCAGGAAUUGUCGGAAGAUAAAAAGGAGGAGAUGAUGCGUGUUGGUGCAAAGCAAAUGGCCAAGGUUCUCUUUGACAACAAGGCAAAGGCGGAAGCGGCCAAUGCACUUCGUAAAUGGUCCAACCUGGCAGCUGCAUCGCAUGCCGCUGAUCAGCAACAUCAUGCUGCCGCGGCUCUGAGCAAGCAGUUGGAACUGACACGCGGCAAGCUCGCCCAGCUCAAGACACAGUUCAAACGGGGAAAGAGCUCCCAAGUGCAGGCGUAAAGGUACCGACCGGUAGGGGCGAAUAAUAUACUUGUCUAGUUAGCUAGUAGAAAAGAAUUAUUGAGGUUUAGUUUACAAGAAGGUCCUUCCAGGUAUCGGUAGACCGCGUGGCUCUACUAGUAUUGUGCUAUGUUCCUUGCAUCACUGCUGACAGAAGAUGUGACUUUCCACGCAUUGCACACUGCUUUCAUUGCUUCUACAGUACUAUGUAAAUUGAAUAGUUCAAGUAAUUGGACUACAUUUUGAUUGUUACAGGUCCUUGAAUGUUGUUCAAGCAGGACAGUCUCGAGUUUGGGCUGUUUUUGAUUUUGUUGUCCUCGUAUUCGGAUCUGGGUUCCCAUCCCUGAGAGUCUACAAACUCCACGGCACAGAAUCCACACUGACCUCCUCCUCCACAGUUUCCGAUUUUGGCCUUGAAACCUCUGUAUACUUCCACUUCAUUGUCGAUUAGAAGUUGUCUCAAAUUGUCUCCCACUUUGGUGUCAAUGUCCAGGUCGGGUUGUCCGUCUCUCUGGACUGUCACAGUCACUGGAGUUCCCAGGGCAAAUCCGUCUUCCUCCUCAUUAUCAUCACUGCUACCGCUGACAACAAUCAGUUCCAACUCUACGGGCGAAGGAGCAUUGAUGAUUUUUUCCAUGACGGCAUCAAAGUCGAUGGUAGUGACAUCUUCCCCCAUGACCGUGGCCAAUGUACUUCCCACAAUGUCAUCCUUUUGGGGACUUUGGGCGGCGGAUCCGCCGUCGGCCAAUUCCAGGACAAAGACACCCUUGGGAGCUCCUUCUUCAACUUCUUCCAAAAUCAUUCCCAAUGGUUUUUCGAGCGACAGCGACAAGGUGGUUUGCUCCUCAUCCGUACUGCUGGUAGACAACGCCAAUGCCAUGCGUGUGUGGAGUGAAGUAACAAUCGAAGGGGUAAACGCAUGAAUUGUGGUGAUGAAUAGUGCUGACAACACCACACUCAUUACUGACGGUCCUCUCAUUAUCAUCUUCAUGGUCAACGUAUGUAGUUGUUGGAAAAGAGGUAGAAGAAGCAAUUAUCCCCGUCGACG